GCAAAAGACGUGUCUUGGUGAGGGAGGAGUCGCCGUUGGGGACGGCAGGCUAUAAGCAAAGACGCCAUCUCAAGGAAGGGACCAACGGGGGGGCGUCCAUUGCCUCCUUGCGGGCCUAUAAAAGGCUAUACCCUCUCCUGUGAGAUCCCAUCUCCAGGGCAUCAUCGAGGAAGCCAGAAGCAUGGCAGCUCUGAGGACAUGGCUCCUUUGCCUGCUGCUCUUAGCCUUGGUCCUGCCAGGAGCUCCCAGCCGAGCCCACCAGCACUCCAUGGAAACGCGCACCCCUGACAUCAAUCCAGCCUGGUACACAGGCCGUGGGAUCAGGCCCGUGGGCCGCUUCGGCAGGAGGAGGGCAGCCCUGAGGGACGUCACUGUACCUGGCCUGCGGUGCCGGCUAAGCUGCCUCCCGUUGGAGGGAGGUGCCAAGUUCUCUCAGCAUGGAUGA